UGAAUUUGUACCGGAGUGACACAUCAGUUUAUUCGUCCUAUCUUUGGAGAGAGUGUGUGUGGUGUGUGUGUGUUGGCAAGUGUCACCGUGUUUUACUCCGCGUUACCUCAAAUCUUCAUCGGUGAAUUCAUCCACUGUGAUGGAGGAGGACAGAGAAGACAUAUCCGGGGGAGAAGGAGAAGGAGAAGGAGAAGGAGGGUACCACCGGCCAGCCAAGCGGCUCCGCACGGAGGAGGAGGCCGGCGGAGAGGAGCUGGAGGACGGGGAGGAGGAAUCUGAGGAGGCGGUGGUGAGCAGCGGCACCACCGACAGCAGGAACCGGAGCACCGGAGGGAAGAGCGGUGUGGACGACACUCACUGUAUCCCCCCCUCCCCGGUGGUCCACGUCCGAGGGCUCUGUGACGCCGUGGUGGAGGCCGACCUGGUGGAGGCACUCGACAAGUUUGGCAACAUCUGUUACGUGAUGAUGAUGCCGUUUAAGCGCCAGGCCCUGGUGGAGUUUGACAGCGUGGAGAGUGCCGAGCGCUGCGUGUCGAGUGGAAAUCGUGACGCGGUUUGCAUCGCCGAGCAGCAGGCCUUCUUCAACUUCUCCACCAGCCAGAGGAUCACCAGACCCACCAACAUAGACGACCCCAGCAGCGGGAACAAAGUCCUGCUGCUGUCCGUCCAGAACCCGCUGUACCCCGUCACCACCGAUGUCCUGUACACCGUCUGUAACCCGAUCGUUAACGUCCUGCGCAUCGUCAUCUUCAAACGCAACGGCAUCCAGGCCAUGGUGGAAUUUGAGUCAGUGGAGGACGCUCAGAAGGCCAAACUGGCUCUGAACGGUGCCGACAUCUACGCCGGCUGCUGCACGCUCAAGAUCGAGUACGCUCGGCCCAACAGACUGAACGUCGUCCGCAACGACAACAGCAGCUGGGAUUACACCAAACCCUUCCUCCUGCAGCGAGAGCGGGGGAAAGGGAGGCAGCGUCAGGCCAUCCUGGGAGAGCAUCCAUCCAACGGCUAUGGCCAACACUGCCCCCUACUGCCUCUUCCUGGCAACAGCAGGUACAGGAGGAGCAGUGAGGAGGUGCACGACAUGAUAACCUACCCACUGCUACACCAUAAGACCUCCUCUUCCUCCUCCUACAUGGACCAUCCCGCCUCCAGCUCAGUGGCCAUGGUGAGCGGCCUCCAUCCUGCAAAGAUGAACUGCAGCCACAUCUUCAACAUCUUCUGUCUUUACGGCAACGUGGAGAAGGUGAAGUUCAUGAAGAGUGUUGCUGGCACGGCGUUGGUGGAGAUGGGGGAUGAGUACGCUGUGGAUCGAGCUGUGACUCACCUCAACACCAUCAAAGUGUUUGGCAAAAAACUCAAUGUCUGUGUGUCCAAGCAGCAGGCGGUGAUUCCCAGUCAGGUGUUUGAGCUGACGGACGGCAGCAGCAGCUAUCAGGACUUCAGUCUGACCAGAAACAACCGCUUCAGCAGCUCACAGAGCAGCAGGAACAUCAUCCAGCCGCCUGCCGCCGUGCUGCACUUCUACAACGCCCCGCCCACCCUCACCCAACACCAGCUGCACAAGCUCUGUACUGAACACAACGUUCCCAUCUUCACCAAGUUCAAGAUCUUCGAUGCAAAACCAGCCAGCUCCAAGACUCUAUCUGGUCUGCUGGAGUUUGACAAUAAAACUGAAGCUGUGGAAGCUCUGACCGUCCUCAACCAUCAUCAGAUCAGAAUACCAAACAGCUCAAACCCCUUCACCCUGAAACUCUGCUUCUCCACCUCCUCCCAUCUGUGAGCCAGAAACAAGAUGGCCGCCACCGUUCAGCCGAGCACUCCUUGACGAAUCAGAGAGGAAGUUUUAUUAUUUCGAAAAAGAAAAAAAAAUGAGGGACAGAACAUUUGAGAUGUUGCUGUGAACUGUUUGAAUGGUUGAUAUGUGUGUGUUUCUCAUUCAUUUGGGCAGGAAGUGAUCUAGUUGUGACGAUGCAGUUUUGAAAAAGAAAGCACCUUAAUGACUGUGCAGUAAACUCAUUGAGUAACAGUGUGAUAAGCCUCCUUUGAAACAUGAGUGCUGUACAGUAAGUCACCUGUAGAGAAAAAAUGUUCUGCGUGGGCUAUAAUGUAAACAGACUUGUAUGUCACUUUAACAGUUUGAUUGAAUCACAAUCAAAUCAAUCAAAUUACUUUAUCAUCCACAAACUGGCCCUUUCAUACCAUUAAGAUUGUUAUAAAUAGAUGAGUAAACAUAUUAAUACUUAGUCACAGUGAACAAGCUUUUUAGACGGCGUUGUAUUUGUUGUAGCAGGAUGUUGAACAAAACUCAGGGAGGUAUCAGUAAAAAGUGAAAAUCCAUCCGAUAUCAGAGCAACAUUUGACAAUCCUGAAAUAUUUUUAAUAUUUUUUAACAUGUCAUUUUGGUUUUGCACUGUUGUGUGUUUAUUUUAUUGAACUUAAAGUUAUUUUAUUAACUAGGUUUUGUUACUGGUAUAUCAGUGCAUUUAAGACAAAAUGAGCUCAACGAUUAUUUAUAGUUUUUGUUUGAUUUAUUCAAUUAAACUUCAGUGUUUAUGUAUUUUUUUAUUUGUAGUAAAGGCAAAAGAAAUGGAGGCCAAAAAAAACAUUUGUUCAGGAAAGUGUGUUUUAAUUGUUAUUAACUGACAUUGUUAGAGAGACUUGAUUCUUGCUUUAUUUUGUAUUUUUUAGUUAUCAGUGGAGAUGUCAAUAGACAAGAAAACACAACAUUAUUUAUUGAAUUUAUGUUUACAGAAAAAAUCCAUUAUAAAAUCAUUGUUUUAUUUUUGGUUGCUUAAACUGUGAAUUUUUAAGUAACACUACUUUUCGUGUAUAUACUUAUUCGUUGCAUUCGAUUCUCAUAUAGAUGCGGAGAACAUGUGAAGUGUUAUUACAGGUAUAGUGAACUGUUUCUGCAACAAAUAAAACACAAUAAUAUCUGACAUAUUUAAACCUUUACAGUAAGUAGCUGGUGAACAAACACCGCUCCAAUGUGAUGAUCAUGUGUCUUCUGGAUGUUUAUCAGGUCAGAUGUUUGAUAUGAAGUUAGCCACAACUACUUAAUAAGUUUGUAUUUUCAGCUGCAAGCAAGUUUCCUUUAAAGAAAAAAAGCAAUUAAUGCUGUUUUAAAACAUGGUGCUGUGGUUUACCAUGACAGCAAUUAGUGUAAAUGACGUGUGUUGGGGAAGGUUUUGGCCUCACAUGGCUAACAGCUAGCAUUACGCUAAAAUGCAAAAACUGCAUAACUGCUCAAAGCAUUGACAGACUUACUGAAGCCAAUUUAGUUUAACAACAAUUUAUUUGAAUAUAGGACCUUGAGGUCAAUGCAUAAUAAGAAUGACAUGCUAAACAUUCUAACAAUGCAGCAUGCUGUUAGGAUGCUACCAUGUUAGCAUAAAUCCCUUUGAACGUUGCUAACUACAGGAGUCCAUUUCUUCUGCAGUCAUCUGGGAAAUGAGUUGUAAAUGUAAUUCUUCGACAUUGUUAGUAGCACAUACUCAAUUUUGCGUAACAUUAUGGACUGACACCACUAAAGAGAAGGGAGACUUUAUUUGUGUGUAAUUUGGGGUAAACAGCCCCUUUAAAAUAUAUUAAAGCACAGAUUUGUAAUGGUGAAUGACGCCGUAAACAGAAAUAUGUUUGUCUUCGUGUAUGAUUUUAAUGAAACAGAGAGACAAUCACAAACUACUUGUCUGUAUCUAUUGAUGUUGAUCCUAUUAAAAGUUGUUUAUUUGUUGAUCA